AUGGAUACAUUCGAAACAACAUCAUCGUCAUCAUUAAAUAAUAAUAAUAAUAAUUCACAUCGUAAUGCUUGGUCAAAUUAUCCUGCUGAAUGUUAUUCAACAAGUGUAGAAUAUUAUCGACCGUAUGGAACAGCACCUCUCACAUCACUUCCUUGGGUUGAACCAAGUAAAUAUUCAGUUGGAAAUUGGCCAACUCAAACAUCAUCUACAUUUCCUUAUACGUCUUCACAUCCUCCGCCUCCACAUGCUCACACAAAUUUUAUGUCAGCAACAAAUUCAUCAUCAGCAACAGCAGCAUCAUUUGGUCAACCAUAUUAUCCUCCAACACCGCCAAAAGAUCUUCCACAUGAUACAUUACUUGAUUCAUCAAGUAAACAACAACAACAACAACAACAACAGCAACAACAAGAAUUACUUAAUAAUAAAAACUAUCAUUCACAUCAUCAUCCCCAUCAAAAUUUAUUUCCUACUACAACAUCACCAACUACAAGUGCUGCUGCAGCAGCAGCAGCUUAUCAUCAUCAUCACAAUUGGGGUCAUGUUCUUAAAGAUUCAGCUGUUUUUUGGUCAACUAUGAAAUCACCAACAGAUUCAACAGGAAAAAUUUCUAAUUCAAAUUCAAAGAAAAAACCUAGUCAAGCUGAAGGUCGCGAAUGUGUUAAUUGUGGAGCUAAAGCUACACCGUUAUGGAGACGUGAUGGUAAUGGUAAUUAUUUAUGUAAUGCUUGUGGUCUUUAUCAUAAAAUGAAUGGACACAAUCGACCAUUGAUUAAACCUAAACGACGUUUAUCAACAGUUAAGAAAACAGGCGUUCAUUGUUCAAAUUGUAAUACAAGUACAACAACAUUAUGGCGUCGAAAUGGCCAUGGUGAAAGUGUUUGUAAUGCUUGUGGUUUAUAUUAUAAAUUACAUAAGGUAAAUCGUCCAAUAACAUUAAAAAAAGAGAACAUUCAAACACGUAAUCGAAAACCAAACACAAAACGUAAUGGUAAUGGUAGUUUACUUGCUAGUAGUUCAUCAUGCAGUAUGAAAGAUAAAGAUCCAUUUCCUUAUGGACUUUUAAUGAAGAAUGAACCAGCAUUAAAUGGUUAUCAUGCUCAAGCAGCCGCAGCAGCGAUGGCAGUUAACAGUGCAUCAACAUCAUCAUCACCAUCAUCAUCAGCAUAUCAUCAAUCUCAACAAGCAGCAUAUGCAGCUGCAGCCGCACUUCAUCCAUUAUUUUCAUCAUCAAUGUUAUCAUCAAUAGGCACAACAACAAAUACAACAGGUACAUCAUCAUCAUCUUCAACAUCACCGAAUACAUCAUCACCAAUUAAACCAUCAUAUAUGUCACAUCAGCAACAUCAUGUUCCUGUUUAUCCUCCGUACUUUUAA